AUGUGGUACGACAAUGAACGGGUCCCAGAGGAAGAGGGGGUGAGUAAGCUGCUCGUUGGAAAAACGUUCGCCUACUUUCCAAAGUGCCCAGACGAUGAAGGUCGUCAUGUGCAGGGGGAGGGGCGAUACGGAGGGGUAGGCAAGGAGGGCCAUCUGCCCCAUAGGGGGAAUGCCAACAAGGCGGACAAUAUGGAAACCAUGGACAGUGUGAACAGAGCAGGAAAGGGGGGAGUUAUGGAUACGAUGGAAGACGUGGGGGACUCCCACAGGGGGGAUGACCCGAUGAGCGAGACCAAUGGGGAUGGUGGGCACCCCGCGGAUGAACUGGACAGCAUGCACCACGUGGACGGACUAGACAGCGUUCUCUUCAACCAGAAGGAGUACGUGCUAAUCCAGCAGAGACUGGGAAGGACGAUCAUCCCCCUAAACCCAGAGCUACUGGCGCAGUCCACCCUGGAGCAAGAAAUCAUCGACGGCUACCUAAGCGAGAUUCACAAAAAUGUCCGCAAGUGUUCAAUCCUAACAGAGUACUCCUUUCUCGUGCAACAAAUGCCAAGGGGAAUUUACUGCCUUCCACAAAAGGAUAAUUUACUCGUGUGGGAUGUAUUCAUAAUUUUGUAUAGCACUGUUUAUAGGAAUGCAAAAUUUAAAGCGCAAAUCCGAUUGGGGGAAAAUUACCCGCAUUCAAUUCCUGAGGUGUUUUUUUUAUCCCCUGUUUUUCAUCCUUUUAUAAAUUUACAAACGGGAAAAUUAAAUUUGGGGAAACAUUUAAAUGAAUGGACUCCCAAAAGUCAUUACAUGUCUUUAAUAUUUCUGUACAUGAGAAAUAUUUUUUAUUUGCAAGAUGAAUAUAACAAGGAAAACGUAGAAAAUGAGGAGGCCUAUUUUUUACUUAACAAUGACCGGGAGCUGUUUCUGCGGAAGGUUCACGAAUGUGUGCAAAUGUCCAAUGAGCGCCUGUACCAACAGGUAGACAACUGCAUGUUCAAUUUUGGCGCGGAGCUGGCUAGCCGGGAAAUCGCGGACAUGAUGCAGCAGGUGAAGGACGACCCCCUCUGCAGCAGGAAGGCGGAGGCGUUCAUACACUGGCUCAUCAACGAUUAUGCGGCGGGGGCCAGCGAGGGGGUCAUCAGUGAAGCGGUCAUCAGCGAAGAAGUCAUCAGCGAAGAAGUCAUCAGCGAAGAAGUCAUCAGUGAGGAGGUGAAGAGUGAGAACUCGCCCAUUGAAGAAUUGAUCAGUGAGGAGGUGCGCAGUGAAGAGGUACGCAGUGAAGAGGUACGCAGUGAAGAAGCUAUUAGUGAGGACCCGCCCAGCGAAGAAGUCAUUAGUGAGGACCCCUCCAGUGAAGCGAAACGCAAUGAGGACACUCCCAGUGAAGAGGUACGCAGUGAGGAGCCUCCCAGUGAAAAAGCAAUUACUGAGGAGGUGAUCAGUGAAGAAGUGAUCAGUGAGGACACUCCCAGUGAAGAGGUACGCAGUGAGGAUCCGCCCAGUGAAGAGGUACUCAGUGAAGACCCGCCCAGUGAAAAAGCGAUUAGUGAGGAUCCACCUAGUAAAGAAGUGAUUAGUGAGGAUCCACCUAGUGAAGAAGUGAUUAGUGAGGAUCCGCCCAGUGAGGACCCCACCAGCGAGGAAGUUACCGGCGAAAAAGUUACUGGUGAAAAAGUUACCAACGAGGAAGUUCCCGGCGAAGGAGUUCCCGGCGAGGACCCGCCCCGCGACGGCACAGAGGAGGGGGGUGCGCCCCCGAAUGAAGUGACCCCCCACUAUGACAACGGCAAGCGCGAAAACGAGCAUGACGGCGCAACACCCGUGGACGCUACCGCCGUUCAGCACCUCCGGAGGGACAGAAGGAAGAGGUCACCCAUGCAGUAG